GGGAAGUGUUGCAAUAAAACGUCUGCAACUCAAAAUCCGAUUCCAGAGAACUCCCGGAAACAAAUCACUUUUAUACUCUGAUCUGAUGUGCGUGGAGGGUGCGUUCUUAUUUCCCACAAACAAGGAUAAUCUCCUAUGUCACUCAAUCGAACCCCAUCCCUUUUUGAAUUUGUUGAAUGAGGAUGUUGCAAUUGAUCUAUGAGAACUAUAACCACUUCUGCUUUCCUGCGAGGAAAGAGAUUUCUGUCAAAAGGCCUUUUCCUGCACUGUUCUGACAAUAGCACAGAAUAAACCACAGGAGCACAGAAGCUCUCCGAAGUCCUGGAGAAAGGCAGCUCUCCUGCACCAAGAGGUUUGGCUCCUUGGACUUCUACUGCUGAGCACAACCUUCCAAAGAGGCUGAAGUUUCAGGGAUGAGAACAUGGCUUGUCCCCUUGAGACCUUCUUCCUUGGGUUAAUUUCAACGCAGUUGCUUUGGAAAGGUGUGAUAGUUAGAAAAUUGAAAGGGUAUGACCUGAACGCUCCUGAUCAGGUGUCGGUAGAGGAAGGGCUCUGUGCCAUGAUUCCUUGCAAUUUCACUUAUAAAGAAAAGGAUGCCUUGAAGGAUGCAACAUUGACUGGACUUUGGAAGAAAGGAGCAUCAGACAAUGCAGAUACUCCUGUAGUGGCCAACUCCAGUCAAGAGUCGGCUCAGAAUCGCUUCCAAAUCAUCGGGAAUCUGACAGCAGGAAACUGUUCUCUCCUCAUCUUGAAUGCCCAAAAAAAUGAUGCAGGAAAGUACUUUUUCAGAAUGGAGAAAGAUCCUAAAGCAUAUUUUAGCUUUGUCAGCUAUCCUAUCCCACGCCUGAACGUGACAGAAAGACAAUCACCAGAAAUAGAGAUCUUGUCUACGAUGGCAGAAGGACAUUCUACAAACAUCACCUGUGCAACCUUCGCAAGCUGUAGUUGGAUGCCUCCAAAGUUCACCUGGCAUGGCUUUUCCAAACCCAUCGACUCUCAUUCGCAGUUGAAUGGGACCCAGGUUUACAGCUCAGUGGUGAAUUUCUUACCUUCUGCUGCAGACCACAAGCGGAAUAUCAUCUGCAGGGUCAAUUACACAAAUGAGACCGAUCCUGAUUCCAGAGAGACAAGUGUCCAACUGAAUGUCAUUUUUAAACCACAGAUGCUAGGGAUCAACGUGGAACGUUUUCACUCCAAUAAAAGUAAGUUGUGUGACUCUCCCAGCAGCUCAGGAAGAGAUAUCAAAAAAAAGGCAGAAAAGGCUAGCAGGAGUUGA